AUGGAAGAUGAAGCUUUGCAGUUCGAAGUAUUCCAGGUUACUGGUGUAACAACCCUGGAACUUAUCGUAGACAUGCAUUGCCAAGCCUGUGCUGAGCAACUCAGCAAAAAGAUACUAAAAAUGAGAGGUAUACAAAGUGUGGUAGCCGAGCACAGCACAGGGAAAGUUACAGUGACGGGUACCAUGGACGCAAACGAGCUAGUUGAUUAUGUAUAUACACGCACCAAAAAGCAGGCUCGGAUCGUGCCCCAACCGGAGUCUGAUCCACAAUCUGAACCCGAAAAACAAGAAGAGAAAAAGGAAGGCGAAGAGAAGCCAUCGGAAGAACCCAAACCAGAAGAGAGCCCAGAGAAAAAAGAAGAAGAAAAACCAUUAGCCGAAGAAGAAUCUAAGAAAGAAGGCAACAAGGAAGCUACUGCUGAAAACAGGGAAGAAGACAACAAUAAUGGCAGCAACAAUGAGGAUGAAUCUAUGAAGAAAAUGAUAUAUUAUUACCAGCCCCUCUACGUUUUCGAACGAAUGCCACCGGCUUCUCAGCUCUUCAGCGAUGAAAAUCCAAAUGCUUGCUGCAUUUCAUAGUCAAUGAUUAUACUUGAUAUCGGACUAGUUAAUAGUGUAUAUACUAUAUUAAUAUUACACAUAAUAGUUUGCUCGGUCCGUACCACUGAUGAUGAGAAUUUUAGAGAAAACUGGUGGGCGGUUCACAUGAUGAUCAAUCAAGAAUAUGAAAUC